AUCGGCCGGCCCAUAGAGGCGUAUGGAUCGGCCUCGCCGCCGCGCUGGUGGCCGCUGGCCCUACGGUAUACGGUAUCGGUGUGUAGCGCCUGCUUUAUAGCUUUCUGCCUGAUUUUUUCGACCACUAAGCUCAAAUUAGCCUCGCCUGCUAGUUUCACUGGCUCUGCAUCAUCAUCAGGGAUCAAUUCGUGGAGAUUUAUUCUGAAAAAUUGUUUAAAUCAUCUCCAGAUUUCUGGAUCAGCUGUCCAGCUUGUAUGAGGAGUGUAACUAACAUCCAUCAAAAUGGGCCUAUUCAGUAAAAGAGGCAGUCUAAAUCUCUCAAAGGCCGAAGCAUCCAACCAGGUCCAAGACCAGAUUGAUCCAAACUUUGAGAAGCCGGACAAUCGUUUGGACACCUGGGCAUACACUGUUGAAGAUGAAGACACGUUGGAGACGGAGCUCUCCCUCGGGAACAGCCAUCGUGUUGUUCAGGAUGGCGACGAUGAUCCACCAGGUUGGUCCGGGAUGCAAGCCUCGAUGGAUGAUGCGGGGAGUAUGAACUUUAUCCCUGGCAUAGCAACUGACCCAAAAGGCGCAAUCACAGACUUUGAUGACGGCAGCAAAGGGUGUUGCGCCAACUGCCGAUACUCCUGCAGAAUAGCUUUCAGACCCUGCACCACCAAGCACAACCCUCUUCCGCACAACCCUUCCAGGUGGAGACGAUUCAAGUUUGCUUUUCUCUGCCCUCCUCAUGGUACUGUUGGCAGGACUGUGACUUAUCUGAUACUUGUGUUGCUGCUGUGGGCAGUAAUGUUCACCAUAACAGGGGCUGAAGCGUUACCGGGCGGCAAUCUUUUUGGAAUCUAUGUACUUGUUAUCACCAGUAUUGUUCUGGGGCUGUUGGUGAACAAAAUUCUUAGGCUUCCAGCCCUUUUAGGUAUGCUAGCUGCUGGUUUCAUUCUUAAGAAUGUCCAAGCGAUCGACAUAGCCAACGACAUCUCCCGCGAAUGGGCCAGCGCUCUUCGUAGCAUCGCCCUUGUGGUAAUCCUCCUGCGUGCUGGACUUGGUAUCAACGCAAAGGCUCUUCGAAGGCUUAGUUUCGUGUGCGUCAGGCUCUCCUUCGUACCGUCUAUCUUGGAGGCAACGAUCGUAGCUGUCGCCUCUCACUUUUUCCUAGAUUUCCCCUGGGAGUGGGCUUUCAUGUUGGGGUUUGUCUUGGCUGCUGUUUCUCCUGCUGUGGUGGUUCCAUGUCUCCUGGUCCUGCAGAAGGGAGGCUAUGGUUCCAGGAAAGGCAUCCCGACCCUCACCAUAGCUUCCUGUAGCCUGGACAACGUCCUGUGCAUCAGUGCUUUCGGAGUUGCCAUGGGGAUAUCUUUCUCAUCAGGUAGUCUCAUUUUGAAGAUUUUCCAGGGUCCUUUAGAGGUUGUUAUUGGUGUUUGUUUUGGAGUAUUUGCUGGUGUUCUACUCUGGUUCAUUCCAAGCAAAGACAUGAAAACCCUGACGAAUCUUCGGUUUCUGUUCCUGUUCUGUGGUGGUUUGUUUGCCGUGUUUGGUAGCACCGCAGCAUCCUUCCCCGGGGCUGGAGCGCUGGGAUGUCUCACCCUUGCUUUCAUGGCUGCUCUAGGUUGGAAGGACGAGAAGGUCGCAGUUGGAAAUCUGAUUGGUGUUGUCUGGUGGCUGUUUGAACCAAUCCUAUUUGGUCUCAUCGGAGCAGAGGUUGCCCUUGAGUAUUUAGACGGACAAACAGUGGGUCUUGGAAUAGCCACUCUUAUCCUGGGAUUAGUGAUUCGUAUUGCAGCAACUUGGCUGUCUGUUCUUGGAGCUGACUUCAACAAAAGAGAGAAGCUCUUCAUGAUCUUUGCUUGGUUCCCAAAGGCUACUGUCCAGGCUGCAUUAGGACCAUUAGCCCUUGAUGAAGUCAUGAAGCAAGGCAUAGUGGAUGAAACAGAUGAAGCAAACCAACUCAGAGGAAUACAACUCUUGACCAUUGCUGUGUUGAGCAUCCUGAUCACAGCACCCAUUGGUGCCAUCCUCGUCACGCUCUGCGGCCCAAAACUCCUGGAGAAAGAGACUAGACCCUCGACAGUCAGCCACCCAUCAGGGGAGCUGGGGGCGGGGCCAGGGGAUGAAAGGGAGGAGCUUGGCGCGAGGCAGAGGCUAACAGCCGAGGAGCAAUACUAACCCUGGUCAAGUGAGAGAUUGAUCCAGGUAAUGAAUUGUUUGCAUGUAUCAUCCAUCUGUUAUCUGUUUAAUCACCAUGCGUUCAUCAAGGCAUUUUUAUCCUCAGUGCCGCCUUCAACUCAGGACUUCAAUGGGAAACCAGGGCCGGUAACACAAAAUUUAGCAAUGAUCACAGAACUUUUUCCUACGAUUGAUUCCAUUGCCUACAAUGUGAAAUCAAUUAAGGGUAUGAUCAAUCACUAAACUUUGUGUUACAGGACCCUGGUGUAGAAAGCAGCAAUGAAGUGAUUUUAAGGCAUGCUUUUCAUCCAUUGUUAUUCCAUCAAUUGGAAGUUUUUGAGGAUUGAGUUUGAUUCCAGUGUUCCAUUUCCACUGUUACAGUACCAAGUAGCAUUUUUUUUUACUUGCUUUGACACUCUUAGAAACAAUACAUCAGA